AUGCCCACGAUCUACGAUCCCUCAAAGCCGACUCUUAUUCUUGUCAAUUCAUUUACAACAUCAGCGGAACUCUAUCGUCAACAAUUCGAGAACGAAGAACUUAAUAGAGUAAUGAACCUCGUGGCUAUUGAGCCAUUGGGUCAUGGACGAACGACAACCAAAAUAGAGAAUUGGACUUACUGGGACACAGCAAUAGCGAAUAUACAGACAAUGGACGCGCUCUCUAUUGAGAAUGCCUUCGUUCUCGGUACUUCGCAAGGUGGUUGGUUGACUAUUCGCAUGGCUCUCUUUGCACCCAACCGAAUACAGGGUGUCAUUCCUCUGGGAACAUCCAUGGACUAUGAGUCCGAAAGAACACGCUCUCUUGGUUGUUGGGAUGCUUCAGCCGCAUUAAGUCAAAUUAUCAGACAAAGCACAGCCGAUCCCAAAUUUUUGACUGAGGAUUUCGAGCCAGAUGAUGAAUAUUGCAAUCUUUUGGUUAACAUAGGAUUCAAUGAUUGUUCUCAUGAUAUCCGAGAAUUUUGGAUAAAAACAAUCAAAGAAACAUACCGCGGGGAUGAAGGUAGGAGAAGAAUUCGAAUGGCGGCCAUAAAUCUCAGGGAGCGCGACGGAUUGCAUGGCCGCUUGUCAGAUGUGCGUUGUCCAAUCCUUUGGUUACAUGGAACGUCAGAUGCCGUUUACAGUCUAUCAAAUGCCAAAGAAGAGAUCAAGUUGUUUGUUAAUGCUGCCAGUAAGGAGCUAGUCACUGUGGAGGGAGGUGCUCAUUUCUUGAGUGCAACGCAUCCGAAUGAGCAUCAACUCAGUGACCUUGCAUUAGCUAAAACUUUGAGGAAUCUUGAAAAAGACGAUGCAAAAAAGGUCCUACGCUCAGGAUCGUUUGCCAGCCCAUGGGAGAAAUUUAACAUCAGAAAUAGAGGCGAGACGUUGAAAUUAAAGAAUAUCGGAAGUGGUUCAUUUCCACGAAAUUUUGCAGAAUAUGUUAUGGGAAGGACAGCCAACAGUCUUGGCUUUACAAGAAAACAACUGCUGUACAAGAUAGAGGAGCAAAGUCCCUAUACGGAUCAAGCAGAUGAGUAA